AUGAAACUCACAUCCAAACAAAACAACAUUCUUCCCAUCAGAAGCUUCACAAUUUUGUUAAUAGGUUGCUUGGCUAUAAAACUAAGCCUCUGUUUCUCUAGUUUUCCAUCUUCACUUGAGGCACUGAAUGUUGAAGGGAAUUUUAGUUUUGACAACAAUGAAUUUGCAGCCAGAGAUUUCGGAAAACGGUUCCAGUUCCUUCCAUCGGCAGUUUUGCAUCCAAAGUCGGUAUCUGAUAUUGCCACCGUUAUAAAACAUAUUUGGCAAAAGGGUCCUGGUUCCAGGCUGACUGUUGCAGCUAGAGGCCAUGGACACUCACUCCAAGGCCAAGCCCAAGCACCACAAGGGAUUGUAAUCAACAUGGAAUCACUCAGUGGGCAAGAAAUGAAGGUCCACACCGGGCGAUUUCCUUAUGUUGAUGUCUCGGCUGGCGAGUUAUGGAUCAAUAUCCUGCAUGAGUGCCUCAAAUUUGGGUUAGCACCAAAAUCUUGGACAGAUUACUUACAUCUAACAGUUGGUGGUACUCUGUCCAAUGCCGGGAUCAGUGGACAGGCAUUUCGGCAUGGCCCCCAAAUCAGUAAUGUCCACCAGCUCGAGGUCGUCACAGGAAAAGGAGAAGUGAGAAUUUGUUCAGAGGAGCAGAAUGCUGACCUCUUUCACGGAGUUCUGGGUGGACUUGGCCAGUUUGGUAUAAUUACUCGAGCAAGAAUCUCUCUAGAGCCAGCACCAAAGAUGGUAAAAUGGAUCAGAGUACUUUAUUCAGAUUUCUCCACUUUCGCCAGAGAUCAGGAGCAUUUAAUAACUGCAGAAAACACAUUUGAUUACAUAGAAGGCCUUGUGAUGAUAAACAAGACGGGUCUCAUCAAUAACUGGAGAUCAUCUUUCAACCCGCAAGAUCCAGUUCAAGCCAGUAAAUUCAAGUCGGAUGGAAGGACUCUCUUUUGCCUCGAAUUGACGAAAAAUUUCAAUCCCGGCGAGGCUGAUAAAAUAGACCAGGAAAUUGAGAGCAUGUUAUCUCAAUUAAGCUACAUCCCCUCGACGCUCUUUAUGUCAGAAACUUCUUAUGUAGAAUUCUUGGAAAGGGUUCAUGCAGCCGAGCUAAAACUGCGAUCAAAAGGAUUGUGGGAUCUCCCACACCCUUGGCUCAAUCUCCUCGUUCCGAAAAGCAAAAUACACAGCUUUGCUGGUGUUGUUUUCGGCAACAUUUUAAUGGAUACAAACAAUGGCCCCGUCAUUGUCUACCCAGUAAACAAAUCAAAGUGGGACAACAGAACUUCAACUAUACUUCCGGAAGAAGACAUUUUCUACCUUGUGGCAUUCCUUCCCCAUGCAGUUCCCUUGUCCACAAAAAAUGACGGCUUGCAACCUCUGUUAAGUCUAAACAAAAGAAUUUUAGAUUACUGUGAGGAGGCCCACUUGGGAGUAAAACAAUAUCUUCCUCAUUAUACCACACAGGAGGAGUGGAGGGCCCAUUUUGGCCAACAGUGGGAAGUCCUUGUGCGGCGAAAAUCAGCAUACGACCCUCUAGCAAUACUCGCUCCAGGGCAGAGAAUUUUUCAAAAGGCAAUAUCCAUCUUAUGA